AUUCCUAUCCGAAUCGGGCUCAAUUAUGGAUGAAAAGACAAUCUGUCAUAUGAUGUACAUCAUCAAACCUCCUCAGAAAAGCAAUGACCUCGCGCUCUCAGAAUUUAAAAUAAUUCCAGAACGGUCACAUGUAAAUUAGUCCAAAACGAAGCCUGAUAAAAGACCCGUUUGCUCAAAUCUACAGACAUUUGGCUGACACGUGAGGUGAAUUCGGAAAAGAACAUUACAUCGAACCGACGGGUUCCCUUUUUCGCCCGCACACGGAAAACUCGUGCCCCCCUGAUCCCUCAAGCGCCCGGAUGAACACAAGCAACAGUCACCGAAACAGUCAGUCAGUCAGUCAGUCAGUCAGUCUGGACAAACAUGGUCGCUGGAGCUGAAUGAGCGUUUAGGAAUCUCAGCGCUGAAUAUUCGCUUUAAUAAGCGAGGUCUUUUAGACUCAUCACCAGAAGCACGUAAAACGUCCCAGGCGGACAGGAUUCUCGUCCCGCUGAAGGCUACUUUGUGGACAGGACACUAAGAGGGCCAAACAAUGGAAUGCUCUCUCCUGCCUACACUGCUCAGCACUCCACAGACUGAGGUUAAACGGCUUAGUUAGCAGUGUGCCUCUCCCCCAAGAAUUCUUUUAGCCUGGAGAAGUUCUGAGAAAAAAAGGAGAAUUUCUUUCAUAGUACAGCACCUUACUUCGAUUAUUUGUAGUUGUUUGUUUGGGAAUCAUUUGGAAGCUUCGCACAAAGAAACGGCAAGAUGGAUUUGGAACCUUACCUAUGGAUGGUCGUGAUCGGCUUCAUUAUAGCUUUCAUCCUGGCAUUUUCGGUGGGAGCCAAUGAUGUGGCAAACUCGUUUGGCACAGCGGUCGGGUCAGGAGUGGUGACACUGCGCCAGGCCUGUAUCUUGGCGUCCAUAUUUGAGACCCUGGGCUCCAUGCUUCUUGGUGCAAAGGUCGGGGAAACCAUACGAAAGGGAAUUAUAGAUGUCAGUUUGUACAAUGACACUGUGCCGGUGCUGAUGGCAGGAGAGGUCAGCGCAAUGUUCGGGUCUGCGGUUUGGCAGCUCAUUGCCUCUUUUCUGAGGUUGCCCAUUUCUGGAACUCAUUGCAUUGUGGGAUCUACGAUUGGAUUUUCCAUGGUUGCUAUUGGCACUAAGGGAGUGCAGUGGAUGCAGUUGGUCAAAAUUGUUGCCUCAUGGUUCAUCUCCCCUCUGCUGUCUGGUCUCAUGUCUGGCCUGCUCUUCUUCUUCAUUAGAUAUUUCAUUCUUAACAAGGAUGACCCUGUUCCUAAUGGUCUCCGCACUUUGCCCCUCUUCUAUGCCUCAACCAUUGGAAUCAACACCUUCUCCAUCAUGUACACUGGAGCUCCCUUACUGGGCUUGGAGAUGCUCCCUAUCUGGGCCAUUGCCCUCAUUACCUUGGCUGGUGCACUGAUAUGUGCCGGUCUGGUCUGGAUUUUUGUUUGCCCCUGGAUGAGAAGGAAAAUAGCAAGUCAGCUGAAGAAAGAGCAUGCUCUGUCCCGCAUCUCCGAUGAGAGUUUAGAUAAAAUCCCUGAGGAGGAAGAGGAAGCCCCUGUGUUUAAAGAGCUUCCAGGUGCAAAAAGCAGUAAUGAUGCAGUGCUGCAUCUGACAGAGGAGUCUACAGGGGAGCUCAACAGUCUGGCUAAUGGAGGCACUGUCCUGCCCAACGGCAGGGUGUAUGGUCGCACCAACUCUAUGACCAAUGGCUGCCUCAAGUCUCCUGUGUCUAAUGGGAGCUUCAGCUUUGAUGGGCACAUGCGCAGUAAUGGUCAGGUCUACCACACCGUUCACAAAGACUCUGGUCUCUACAAGGACCUUCUACACAAGAUCCACUUGGGCCAACUGGAGGACGAGCGUAGCUGCUCACGUCACGACAACAACUACAGACACCUCCGUCGCAACAACAGCUACACGUGCUACACAGCAGCCAUCUGCGGCAUGCCAGUCCAGCCCAUGUUGCGAUCAGAGUCCAGCGCCCCUCCGCCAGAGGACAGCGAGAAGCUAGUGGGCGACAGCGUGUUCUAUUCAAAGAAGCGACUGCGCUACGACAGCUACUCCAGCUACUGUAACGCAGUGGCAGAGGCGGAGAUCGAGGCAGAGGAAGGGGAUGUGGAUGUGAACUUGGCGGCAGAUAAAAGGGAGCCCCGGGCCACUGCAGAGGGCAUGCUGGAGGACUGCCCUGAUGAAGAGAAGGACAAGCCUCAAGUCUUCCAGCUCUUCCAUUUUCUGCAGAUCCUCACUGCAUGUUUCGGAUCUUUCGCACAUGGUGGGAAUGAUGUCAGUAAUGCCAUUGGUCCUUUGGUGGCCCUGUGGAUGAUCUACGAUCAGGGUGGGGUGAUGCAGGAUGCAGUCACACCGAUCUGGCUGCUGUUCUAUGGUGGAAUGGGAAUCUGUGCUGGAUUAUGGGUUUGGGGUCGACGUGUCAUUCAGACGUUGGGCAAAGACCUCACUCCCAUCACGCCUUCCAGUGGAUUUUGCAUUGAAGUAAUGAGUGCUCUAACUGUGCUAAUUGCCUCAAAUGUGGGCAUUCCUAUAAGCUCCACCCACUGCAAGGUGGGCUCGGUCGUGGCGGUGGGCUGGAUCCGCUCUAGAAAGGGUGUGGACUGGCGGCUUUUCCGGAACAUCUUCUUGGCCUGGUUCGUCACUGUCCCUGUAGCAGGCCUCUUCAGCGCCGCUGUUAUGGCGCUGUUUGUCUACGGCAUACUGCCUUACGUUUGAGAUGAAGAAUGGGGAAGACGGAGGUAUAGGAAGGUAAUGAAGAAAAAAGAGAGA